UUUGUUUGGCCACCACUAUCGCCUUUGGGAUACCUCUUUGUUGUUUACCUUUUGCUCAUUACCAUUUUGGACGCCAACGCGAAAAUAUAUAAUUUAUUAAUAUGAGUGCUGAAAUGUCCGGUUUUCGACGGUUCCUGCAUUGGGGCCCAAUUACAGCCCUGAGUAUCAUCAAGUGCAUAACACUGACGACCCUCUAUAUGAACUCGAUGUGGUGGCCGCCGAAUGAAUCAUUCGCCGGGUUCGCCCACCAGGCCCUGUUCCUGCUGCUCUCCACGCUGGCCACAUUCAAUUACGUCAUGGCCACGUUGACAGGUCCCGGACUGAUGCCAAAACAGUGGCAGCCGAAGGAGCCCAAGGACGCAGAGUUCCUGCAGUACUGCAAGAAGUGCGAGGGGUACAAGGCCCCCCGCUCCCAUCACUGUCGCAAGUGUGAUCGCUGCGUCAAGAAGAUGGACCACCACUGCCCGUGGAUCAAUCACUGCGUAGGCUGGGCCAACCACGCGUACUUCACCUACUUCCUGCUGUUCUCCAUCCUGGGUAGCCUGCAUGGCACCGUGGUGUUAAGCUGCUCCUUUUGGCGUGGCAUAUACCGGUACUACUAUCUCACCCAUGGACUGGCGUACCUCGCCAACGUCCAGUUCACACUGACCAGCAUCAUCAUGUGCAUCCUAGGCAUGGGACUGGCCAUCGGCGUCGUUAUUGGCUUGAGCAUGCUGCUCUUCAUUCAGCUGAAGACGAUUGUCACCAACCAGACGGGCAUAGAGAUCUGGAUAGUGGAGAAGGCCAUAUACCGUCGUUAUAGGAAUUCCGACAGCGACGACGACUUCCUCUACCCCUACGAUUUGGGCUGGCGCCAAAAUCUGAGGUUAGUGUUUAAUGACGAGUGCCAAAAGAGAGGCGAUGGCAUCGAGUGGCCCGUGGUGGAGGGUUGCGAUCAGUAUACAUUAACGCGAGAGCAGCUGGCGCAAAAGGAGGAGAAACGGGCUCGAACCCGAACCUUCAGGUGCAUCAGACCUGUCACGGGUCGCUGGCUGCCGAUUUUCUCGCAGGGAUGGCGGGUUUGUGUAGCCGCUCCCUGCUCCGAUGAACCGCGGAUCCGCCUGCGACCCGACGACGUGGUUAAGGUCACUCGCUUCCGCAACCACUGGCUCUUUGGCGAGCGGGUGCUCUCCGAGCAGGAGCAGGCCGGAGACCAGAAGCGCCAGCGGAAAGGUCACAUCCGCGGCUGGUUUCCGCGGGGCAGUGCCGUUGAGGUCAUCGAGGCGGUCCAGGAGUGCGACAGAAAUCUCGAGCCCCAGCCGACCCAGAACGGCAACUCUCACAGCCACCUGAAGCAGCAACAACGAAACGGACACGCCAAAAAGUACAUGUAGCCCGCGAAUCUAUGCCACUUCUUCCGGCUUGUAAAUAGAAUAAGAUACCGCUUCAAAACUUGACUUGAUCACGCUUAUACAGGCCGCCGUCUUGUUUACUCUGUUAACACUGUCGACCAAUAAAAUCACACGAAAGUUGA